AUGCAAUCCGCUUUGGAAUUAAGGCUCGGCGAGUACGAAGCACAGGGUAAAGUAUCCCGACGCGACUACGUGCACUUUCAGUCACUCCUACAAAAGCAUCCUUCCUAUCGAGCCAACAUAGAGCGCGAGCUUGAUUUGAUGAUUGCGCGACAAGAGUCCUUGCAUCACCACGAUUCAUCGUCAUCGGCCACUUCUACUGCUAGUCGCUCCUCGACUACUGAAGCCACCUCUUCUUUGGCAAGCUCCUCUCCUUCAUCGAUUCUACGAAAAAAAUCUGCGGGAUCUUUGCACGUGACUUGGGUCGAUCGAGACCGUCGUGACCUUGAAGUGGUUUCGACAAAAGAAACACUAAGAGGGACAAAGCACUCUUCUGCAACGGAACUCUUGUCGAAAUUGAGUUUUGAAGACAAGGAAAAUUCUCAUGUUCCUUUGGCACCAUCUGUACUGGGUAAACAAGCCAUUCUGGAGCGAGUGGAUAGAAUUUUGCGUCCUAAAGAUGUACAAGGAAAACUUUCAUUGGAUGAAAUUAAAACACUCUUUGUCGAAAUGUGCUUCUUCGCUCGUCUUGGCUUUGUACAACCUCCUUCGUGUCUUCACUGUUCCUACCGAGAGAGCAUCAAUAGAAAGGAACGAUCGGCAGCUUGUACACGGUGGGUAAUUUGGCGUCGAAACGCGACGGUCGUUUUACACCCAGACCGAAUCAGCGAUGACCUCAUAAUAUUGCUGCAAUGUCGGGCAGCGCGACAGCUGUUGCGUGGGGAAAUGGUCGACGGAUGUUGUUGGAAUGCGAAGUCGAAGCAAGUUGAAUCGAGGCGCUGACUUUUUUUGUUGGAACCUUCGUUGGAACCUUCUAAACGUAGGGAUUGACAGCGACCUAAUACAUGCACUUUUGUUUC